CUGGAUAUUGAGCAGAAGUCAUGUUCGGCUCGUCGAGAUCUGGAGGGGUGAGAGGGGGUCAGGACCAGUUCAACUGGGAUGAAGUUAAAGUGGACAAACAUAGAGAGAACUAUCUGGGGAACUCCCUCAUGGCGCCGGUUGGACGCUGGCAGAAGGGCAAGGAUUUGACGUGGUAUGCCCGAGAUAAGAAGGGUGGCGCAACUGUGUCUAAAGAGCAGGAGAUGGCAGCGGUGCGGGAGGCGGAGCACGAGGCCAUGUUGGCAGCACUGGGACAUAAAACCAUCAAAAAACAACCAACUGGUCUUACCAAAGAGGAUCUUGCAGAUGUGUGCAGGAGGGAAGGAGAGGGGGAGGAACGGGACGUGGACCGGGUCUCUGGGCUCGGGAGCUCCAGGGCCGGGGCAAGAGGAAUGUUGCUCUCCAAGCAAGAAAAAGAAGCUGUAAAAAUGGGUUUGCCGGUUUUCACGCAUCAUAAAGCUGACAGACCGCAAGAAGCCACUAAGACGCCGGAGGAGGCCAACAGACAUGAUAAAGGAGACAAAAGAUCUGACAGCAAAAAGAAGAGUAAAAAGGAAAAGAAGAGUAAGAAGGAGAAAAAGAAGAAAAAGGAGAAGUCGAAACACCGAAGCAGAAGGGACUCUUCCGAUUCGGACUCUGAAAUGUACAGUAAAAGGUAAACUGUGUAUAUUUUUUACAUUGUGUCAAUGAACUACCUA